CAGCCAGGAGGCUGCAGGGUCAGAGCUCUCUCGCAGGCAUGAAUCAGCCUCCCCUCCAGCCUUCGUAAAGGCUUGCUCCGCCCUGUCCGGGGUCAGAGAGAGGCUCAGACAUCCACCCUACAUAAAGCCUCGGCACCCACCGCGCAGGAACCAAGACUGCCUCGAGGUUGGAGGCUGUGUACCCUCGUCCCGCCGGGGCCUUCUGGGGACAACUUGCCCCACCGGCCACUUUAAGUCGGACACCAUGAACUCUGUCCGCACCCACGGGCUGGUGCUUCUGCCGCUGCUCCUGGUGGGGACUGCGCUGGGAGAUGCUCCUCGGGCGUCGCCAGGAAAUUACUCGGAGAUCUGCCUCCUGCCCCCAGACGAGGGGCCCUGCCGUGCCCUGGUCCCCAGUUACUACUACGACAGGUACACGCAGAGCUGCCGAGAGUUCAUGUAUGGGGGCUGCGAGGGCAAUGCCAACAAUUUUGAAACGUGGGAGGCCUGCGAUGAAGCGUGCUGGAGGAUAGAGAAAGUUCCCAAAAUUUGCCGAUUAGAAGUCAGUAAGAGGCAAUGUGGGGAGCUCAGAGAAGAGUAUUUCUUCAAUCUAAGUUCUAUGACAUGUGAAAAAUUCCUAUCUGGCGGGUGUCAUGGCAAUGCAAAUCGGUUUCUGGAUGAAGCUACGUGUAUGGGCUUCUGUGCGCCAAAGAAAAGUCCAUCAUUUUGCUAUAGUCCAAAAGAUGAGGGACUGUGUUCUGCUAAUGUGACUCGCUAUUAUUUUAAUCCAAGACACAAAGCCUGUGAGGCCUUCACCUAUACUGGCUGUGGAGGGAAUGACAAUAAUUUUGUUAGCAUGAAGGACUGCAAACGUGCAUGUGUAAAAGCCUUGAAGAAGGAAAAGAAGAUGCCAAGACUUCUCCUUGCCAGUAGAAGACUAAAAAUUAAGAAGAAGCAAUUUUAACCAUUUUUUUAUCUGUACGUCAUCUUGUGAAUGCCUUUAUGGUUAUAUCUGAAGGAUAAUCUGAUAACAUAAGUAAACAAAUCAUUAGUGAUUUAUUCACCAGUUUUUAUAUGUUACAUGUUUUUAUUUGUAUAUUUUUUAUACAUAACUAGCUGCUAUUCAAACAUGAAUCUUUUAGCUUAAAUUGACUGUUCAACUCUUUUAUGAGGUUAAACUUUUGCUGUGUGUAAGAUAUAAAAGCAAAUAUGACUCAUCCAGUUAUUGGGGUUGCUCCUCCUGACGUCAGAAAGAUGACACUAGCUAAAAAUUUUAAGACAGUAUAAUCAUAUUUUUUUAACAUAUUGGAUCAUAAAAAGGACCAUCAAAUAUAUUUCAUUCUGCCUAUAAAUGUUAGAUUAUAUUUUAGGCCCAAGGAAACAAACUUGCAGAUUUACCAACACUUCAAAAAAUAUUACAAGUGCUAUUAUGUAGAUAUUGCUAAUUUACUUCCAUUUCUGUUGUGUCAUUUAAGAGAUAAUAAAAUAAUUGUUUGAAUUAAAAAGAUAGUAAAGUUAUUACAAUCAGAAAUAUUCUUCUCAGGGGGGAAAAUUCUCUCUCUCUCCAUCUAUCCAUCCAUCCCCACUCACAUGAAAGUUGUUAAAGUUUUGUACUGUUCAAGGUGUUUAUUUAUACUAUACCAGAGAUAAUUCAUAAACCUAAUAAUUUAAAUUUUAUUAAUAAAAUAUUCCUGAUAAAUAUGA